AUGUCAGACCCGAUUAAUGCCAACCCAACUAUCAUAGAUGUUUCUGCACUUCCCACGAGAAUUUCGGCCUCGCUGGAUAAGCUGAAAAGCAGGCACGAUGAGCUAUUUGAGAGAGUGCUAUCACUUUCUUUAGCCCCAAAGAAGCAUUCUUUAAACAUCGACAAUCUUACACUUCCAGAUUUGGUAUCAGAUAUAGAAAUGGAGUCUCCCACAGAAGACGAGUUGCUGGAUGCUAUAGUUGAAGAAUCUGAGGAUGAAGAUUUGAUAGACGAACAAGAGAUAUUCGAUCUCAUAUCUACCAUCUCAGAUCCUGAACAUCCUCUUACUUUGGCCCAGUUGGCUGUAGUUAAUUUGGAAGAUAUCAAGGUGACACACGGUGUCAAUAAGAAAACUGAUAUUUCUGAAGUGUUGAUCAAGAUUACACCCACCAUCACACAUUGCUCGUUGGCUACAUUAAUUGGUUUGGGCAUCAGAGUCAGAUUGGAAAGAUGCCUCCCACCAAGAUUCAGAAUCAGGAUAUUCAUCAAGGAGGGCACUCAUCAGUCUGAGAACCAAGUAAACAAGCAGCUAAACGACAAAGAAAGAGUUGCUGCAGCUUGUGAGAAUCUGCAGUUGUUGACCGUGAUUCUGCAGAUGUUGAGCACCUGUAAGUAA